GUCAAUAACCCAAAUUUAUUAAGUAUAGACUUGACAGAUAUCAAAGCUACUGCUUAUUACCCCAAUCAAAGUGGAAAAGGGCGUACAAGAGUAGGAGGAGGAUACCUAGCAGAACAGUUUGUACCUAAAUAUAGCAACUUUAACUUUACAUUUCCGUUCGCCAUUCAGUAUAACCCAACAUUAGAUACGGAUCAAUCUGUCUUGAGUGACCUUGCAAGUAAAUGUGGACUGACAGGAGAAAAAAAACAGGACAUCACGGUUGAUUAUACGAUUCAUCUGACUGCAAGAGUACUAUUUAUUAAAGUUCAUCCAACUAUAGAUUCCUCAGCAACUUUCGCCUGUCCAAUUAGCGCUAAUGGUGCGUUAGAU